AUGGCAAAAUAUUUUCCCUCCAUUCUUGUUCCUGGAAUCAGUGAGCAUUUGGGCGUGCAGACGGUGAAAAAGUUGGGAUUAUUAUGGUCCUGUGUCAAAGAUUUUGAAAAGCUGAAGGACAUUGUUUCACAAUUGCAACCUCUGCUUCUGGUUGCGGAGGAGCAACAAGCCGUGAACCAUGAAGUCAAAGUCUGGCUCGAGAAGUUAACAGAUAUCUUAUAUGAAGUGGGCGACCUGCUGGAUGAUUUAUCCACCAGAGCUCUUCGGAUGACCCAAAAUAAGAAGGCAAAACAGGUGUGCAUCUUCUUUUCCAAAUCGAAUCAACUUGCAUUUCACCUUAGAAUGGGUCCUAAGAUUAAGACUAUUCUAAACAAUUUAGAUCACAUUGCAAACGACAUGAGGAAGUUUCAUUUUGAGGAACGCCAUGGAAAGAUACCAGUAGAAGAGAAUAGGGAGAGGGAUCAUAACGCUUUUUGUCCCGAAGAAGUACUUGUUGGUAGAGAUAAGGAGAAAAAGGCAGUUGUUGACUUUUUAAUGGACUCCAAUGUUAAGGAGAACGUUUCAAUUCUUCCGAUUGUUGGAACCGGUGGUAUGGGAAAGACAACACUAGCUCAGUUCGCAUUCAAUCACGAGAGAAUCCAAGAAUAUUUUCAGCUCAAAAUGUGGGUGAAUGUCAUGUCAUGUGUCUCUCGUGAUGACGAUGUUAUGGAAAAAACAAUCGUUAGAAAAAUCCUAGAAUCUGCCAGAAAUGAGAAAGUAACAUUAAAUCCUUUAAUGCAUCCUGUUACGAUUUUUGAAAAAGAAAUGUAUGGUAAGAAGUACCUACUUGUCUUGGAUAAUGUGCGCAUCAAUGAUCGUGAACUUGAAGAAUGGUUUGAAUUGAAACGAGUUCUAAUAAAGCAUGGUGCAAGAGGCAGCAAAAUUUUAGUAACUACACGUAGUGAAGAGGUUGCCGAUACUAUGUGCACAGUUAAACCAUAUUACUUGAGAGGUUUAGAUGAAUACUACUCAUGGUAUUUAUUUAAACAGAUGGCGUUUAAAAAUGGGCAAGAGCCAGACGAUGAGAGAAUUGUGAAUAUGGGAAAGGAGAUUGUGAGAAAAUGUGAAGGUGUCCCUCUCAUCAUAAUAACAAUUGGAAGGUUAUUGUAUUUCAAAAAUUCAGAAACAGAGUGGUUGUCUUUUAUGAAUAAUGAACUUUCAAGAAUACGUCUAAAUGAUGAAGCUGACAUCUUAGCAACUCUUAAGUUGGUUUACGAUCAACUUCCGCAGCAUUUGAAACAAUGUUUUGCUUAUAGCUGUUUAUUUCCAAAGGAUUACGAGAUUGAUAAAUCAACAUUGAUUAAUCUUUGGAUAGCACAAGGAUUUAUAAAGUCGUCAAAUGAAGAAGAUGAAUGCCUUGAAGAUGCUGGUCAUGAAUACUUUAUGGAUAAUGAAGAAGAUGAAUGCCUUGAAGAUGCUGGUCAUGAAUACUUUAUGGAAUUAAUUUCGAGAUUUUUCUUUGAAAAAGUCACAAUAGAUUGGUCGGGUGAAGUCAGUAGCUGCAAAAUCAAUGACCUCAUGCAUGAUCUUGCUAUGUUGAUUGCAGGACCGUCAGUAACCACAUUAAACUCUUUUACAUAUGAAGAGGACGUUAACAAGAGCACUCGUCAUCUAUGGGUUGGUUACGAUAUAGAACAUUACUUAUAUCUCGCACGUUUAAUUUCUAAAGCAAAAUGUAGACUGCGAACAUUUCUUUCACCAAGUGACAGUGAGCCUAGGUACAUGACAGAAUGUGAUGCAAUUUUUUCAAGCUUCAAAACGUUGCGCGCAUUGCAAUUGGGUAGUAGAAGCCUAGAUGGUUUACCGUCAAGCUCGUUUUGUAAGUUGAAUAGUUUAAGAUAUCUUGAUCUUUCUGGAAUGUACAAGAUGAAGAAGUUACCAGAUUCUAUAACCAGCUUGCAGAAUUUGCAGACGUUAAAACUGUGCAAUUGUAAUUGGCUUGAAGAAUGGCCGAGAGAGUUUUCAAGAUUAGUCAACCUCAGGCAUCUUGACAUCAAUGGAUGUUGGAAACUGACUUAUAUGCCACGUGGAUUGGGGCAAUUGACUAAACUUCGGUCAUUAUCAGACUUCCUGGUAUCCCCCCAGCUGGAUUCUCUCAACAUGCUGCAUAGUGGUGGACUAAAUGAAUUAAAGGGACUAAAUUACCUAAGAGGUGAUUUACAGAUUAGAAAUUUGGGAUGUGGGAAAGAUGAUGCUGAAGAUUACGAGGCUGCAAAUUUGGGUGAGAAAGAAAAGAUUCGUUUUCUAAAAUUACAUUGGGACGAUUCAUUUGGGUGGAGGGAUGAUGCUGAUGCUGAAUUAAGAAAAUUGGAAGCCUUAAGACCUCAUGACCGCAAGCUUAAGAGGCUUGAAUUAAGCGGUUACAAAGGUGCAGAGUUUCCACGGUGGCUUUCGUCACUCACAAAUCUUGUUGAAUUUCAAUUAUCCAAGUGUAAAAAACUGCAAUGUUUGCCACCAUUGAGUCAGCUGCCCUCUCUUAAGCGUCUGUUUCUUAAGUACUUGGACGAUAUUGAGUACAUGUCAGAUAGUGAUUAUGAGUAUAUAUUUACUGGGACAUUCUUCCCAUCCUUAGAGGAACUUCAACUCUAUUAUUGCCCUAAUCUCAAGGGGUGGUGGAGGGAAGAGCCUCCGCCUCGUUCACUCCCAGCUUCAUUUCCUUGCCUUUCAGAGCUAUCCAUCUCGGAUUGCACUGUGCUGGAUUCCAUGCCGAUGUUUCCACGUCUUGAAAAAGAGUUGGUCCUGUCUAAUGCUAGCUGGAAGCCAAUGCAACAGUCAUUGAUGAUGAAUAUGGACUCCUCUAUAUUUGCCUCUUCUUCAUUCGCUCCUAUCUCAAAAUUGAAGCGUCUACAACUACAUAGAAUAGAAGAUCUACAGAUUCUCCCAGAGAAGGGACUGCAAAACCUGACUUCUCUCGAGUCUUUGCAGAUUUUCCACUGCCAUAGAUUAGAGUCUUUGUCUCAAGGUAUACAAUAUCUCACUAGACUUCAACAACUGAAGAUUAAUCAUUGUGAUAAGCUUGAUCUAGGCGGCAAUGAUGAGGCUGGGAUGGGAUGGCAAGGCCUUACGAGCCUCCUCUCUCUGGAUUUCAUUGGGCUUCCAAAAUUGGUGCAUCUGCCGUCAGGUCUUCAACAUGUUACCACUCUACAUAAGUUCCAGAUUUCGAGUUGUUGCAGGUUGAGGGCCUUACCAUAUUGGAUUUGCAAAUGGACAUCACUUCAACAGUUCGAAAUUUCUAAUUGUCCAAGUUUGACUUCGCUACCCGAAGAAAUGCGUUUGUUGAAGUCUUUGGAAGUGUUAACAAUUAGAAAGCACUGUCCCAAAUUGUUGCCAAGAUGCGAGAGCGAGACGGGAGAGGAUUGGUCCAAGAUUGCUCACAUCCCUAAAUUGUACUUGGAUUGGCCCUCCGAGGAAGAAGUGAAGAACGGUAGAAAGAGGUUCAAUGCUUAUUAUAGUUAUCCAUCAAAAGUCAACAAUUUAGUGGAAAAGAGUCAUGCUACAGGUACGGCCAAAAAUAUGGAUAAAAAAAGGACUCCUCGCACAUUUGUUAUGAUUAAUUACACUGUUCAACAAGAAGGUGAAAGAAGAAUAAAGAGGAAUCUUAGGAGGAAAGGGAGGAAGGGAGUGAUCUGGGCAGAGGCAAAAAGGUUGUUGAGAAAUCGAGGAGUGGAGUUAAGGGCGUCGUCGUCAAGGAUGGAUAUCUAAAAUGAUUUCCAUGAGUUGAAGACAAUUAGAUUGCUAGCUGCAGUUGCAUGGGAAUAUCAUUUGGUGUCUUUGACAUUUGAGUUCUGCGUGGUAGGCAUUACCGAUGAUGUGGCUAUUGGAGCUUACACUUGAUUCGUACUACUUCACGAAUCCACUGAGAAUCAGAUGGUAAUUGCUCUAUUCUUUGUUAAAUUUGGUCUUGUUUGGUUGCUAGGAAAAUGCCAGAGAUUCCAUUUUUACCUCUUGCAGAGGUGCUAAUGGAAGUGACAACCUUUGUGGAAAGGUGCAAGGCUUAUGCUGGGUGACUGUUGGUAAUUUGUGACCUUGAUUGUGGUAUGGCACAGCAUCUCUGCGAAUUGAUUUUCCAGAACUUAUGGUGGACGUUCAGUUGCUUUUAAAUGCUAAUUGUCCAAUUUCUUUCUAUUUCUCUCAAUAAUCUUGUGCAAGGGAAAGAUCGGCGACUGUUAUUGGAUGAAGACAACUGUUUUGUUUUUAGAUCAGUUUAAUUUUUUUGAGCACACUUGAUAAAAUGGAUUGUUUCCACUCCAUCCAAUUGUAUUUAUAAAAUCUGAGAUUUGCAGUUUAUGCUUCUCCCAAUGGCAUUUGCUUUCUUGCCAUGGAUGAUAUUGCAUUUUGCUUUUCAUCUUUUAUUCCUUCCAAGGUACUGUGGGAGGAAAACAAGUACUGUUCUCUAGUAUGCUAGAAUAUUUGGAUAAAAGCCAUAGUUUUGAGAUUUUUGACUCAUUCUGAAGCAUGGGUUCACAUUGAAAUAUUGCAUAUCUAAUUAAUUUCCCGUUUUAUCUCAUCGUAGUUGUUUUGCCUGUAAAACCAAUUGGCGACUUUUCUUAUCUUCAAUACUUUCAAAAUAUAUACAAUCCAGCUUCUUCUGGUAUUGAUUUUCUUCCAUAACAUACUCACUUUCCCAGGAUAUGCCACCAAUAUCUUUUGUUAGAACUGUGAAUCAGCCACUUCAACAAUUUCACAAGUGCUUGCAUUUCUGUUAGCAUGACAAAUUUUAAGAUAAUUGGAUUAUGCUUGUGGUUCUUUCCAGAUUACUAAUUCUAUAAAACAUACAAUUUCUCUCCAAGUGUAACUACCUCAUAUGUCCAAGCUUGCAGGAAAGAUUAAUUUGGUUCACAUGGUGGAGCAUAUAUGAAGAUGAUGACUACAAGAUGAUGAUGCAACCAAGUGCUUGAGACUUCUGUAUUACUGCUUUGCAUGAACAUCGUUUAGAGAUGAUGAUCAAAAGGCAGUUGUUGAACUUUUGAUGGACUCCAACGACGAAGAGAACGUUUCAAUUCUUCCUAUUGUUGGAAUCGGAUGAUUGGGAAAGACAACAUUAGCUCAGCU